AGAGAGCGUUGUGCGUCAUCAAGUUGUUCAUUAAAUCCUCCUACCUGCCUUCAUUGAUUGCUCCCUCCACAUAUCCCAGCUUUUAAAUCCCCACCCCGCCCUCACAGCAGCACCACCUCCUCAUAUCAAUGGCAGACAAGUACUUGAAGCUAGGCUACCAAUACCUAGUGAACCACAUCCUGAUGCUGCUCCUCAUCCCGACGGCGGCGGGAGUGGCGGCGGCGAUCCUCCGAUGCCCCCCCGAGGAAAUGCUGGCGACGUGGAAGUCCCUCCACUUAGACAGCCUCCACCUCCUCUGCUUCUCCUUCCUGGGCGUCUUCAUCGCCACCGUCUACUUCAUGUCGAAGCCGCGCUCCAUCUACCUGGUGGACUACGCCUGCUACAAGCCCCCCGUCACCUGCCGCGUCCCCUUCUCCACCUUCAUGGAGCACUCCCGCCUCAUCCUCAAAGACAAUCCUAAGAGCGUCGACUUCCAAAUGCGCAUCCUCGAGCGCUCCGGCCUCGGCGAGGAGACCUGCCUCCCCCCGGCCAUCCACUACAUCCCCCCCACCCCCACCAUGGACGCCGCCCGCGGCGAGGCUCAGAUCGUCAUCUUCUCCUCCAUCGACUCCCUCAUGCACAACACCGCCCUCAAGCCUAAGGACAUCGACAUUCUUAUAGUCAACUGCAGCCUCUUCUCCCCCACUCCAUCUCUCUCCGCCAUGAUCGUUAACAAAUACAAGCUCCGGAGCAAUAUCAAGAGCUACAACCUCUCCGGCAUGGGCUGCAGCGCCGGACUCAUCUCGAUUGACCUAGCUAGGGAUUUGCUGCAGAUUCACCCUAAUUCCAACGCGCUUGUGAUUAGCACUGAGAUCAUUACCCCUAAUUAUUACAAGGGCUCGGAGCGCGCGAUGCUCCUCCCCAACUGCCUCUUCCGCAUGGGCGGCGCCGCCAUCCUGCUGUCGAACAAGCGGCGGGACCGGAGGCGCGCCAAGUACAAGCUGGUCCACGUGGUCCGCACGCACAAAGGCGCGGACGACAAGGCGUACAAGUGCGUGUACGAGCAGGAGGAUCCGCAGGGGAAGGUCGGCAUAAACCUGUCCAAAGAUCUGAUGGUGAUCGCCGGCGAAGCGCUGAAAUCCAACAUCACGACGAUCGGGCCCUUGGUCCUCCCGGCGUCGGAGCAGCUGCUCUUCCUCUUCACCCUAAUCGGCCGGAAAAUCUUCAACCCUAAGUGGAAGGCCUACAUCCCGGACUUCAAGCAGGCGUUCGAGCACUUCUGCAUCCACGCGGGGGGGCGGGCGGUGAUCGACGAGCUGCAGAAGAACCUGCAGCUGUCGGCGGAGCACGUGGAGGCGUCGCGGAUGACGCUCCACCGCUUCGGCAACACGUCGUCGUCGUCGCUCUGGUACGAAAUGGGGUACAUCGAGGCCAAGGGGAGGAUGAAGAAGGGAGAUAGAGUGUGGCAGAUCGCCUUCGGCAGCGGAUUCAAGUGCAACAGCGCCGUCUGGAAAUGCAACCGGACCAUCAAGGCGCCGGCCGACGGCCCCUGGCACGACUGCAUCGAUAGGUAUCCAGUGCACAUCCCGGAAAUAGUCAAGCUCUGAUCAUUAAUUAUAUGACUAUAAACAUCUCGCUCUCUAUAUAUAUGUGUGUUUGUAAUCGAUAAAACCAACACUUUCACUCCUCAUCGAUCAAUUGUUAAUGAUAAUCAUCGCCUUAUUGUUUUAA